AUGAAGCUACACAUUGCCCUUCUGUUGGUUGGUCUGCUGGAGACGAGCUGUGCUCUGCCAUUGCAGAUUGGAAUCCUUGCAAGCAACAGCAAUGAGAUCCUGAACGCACUCACUCUUGCAGCUCUUGGACAAGCACAGGCGUCUUCGUUAUUUCCCCAGUAUAUGCUGCAGCAGCAGCAGCUCACUCCUCAGAUGGUGAACUUCAACCCACAGCUUGGCAGCCCUUUUGGUCCCCAGGGGCCUCAGCUGAUGUUCCCCAACCAGGGCAACCAGCUGGUUCCCAUGCUUGUCGCAAACGGGCAGCAGGAGCAGGUCGGGCCACCACAGGACCCCAACGCUCCUAAUGUCCCUCAGCAGGCCCAGAACCCCAUGCAGAUGUUUCCACAGUUCCAGUACCCUGCGUAUGGAUUCCCUCAGCUUCCCAGACAGCAGGGCUUCCGGUACUUUAUGCCUUCGUACGGAUACCCCCCGCAAAGGAACAACGUGGUGCUGCAGCCGAACACCCCUCAGCAGAACCUGGAGAGAAGCACACAGAGGCCACAGCUCCCUCUGCAGCAAGCGUCCCUGCCAAAGGUGCAGACAGAAAGAACAUGGCCACAAGGGACACAGAAAGAGACGACUUCAAAUCCUCCAAAUCCUCCUAAUCCUCGUGGAGACGCUACUGGUCCGGGCAUUGAUGAGGGUCACUCCAACUUCCCUUUCCUGUUUGAGCCUUAG